UUGCUGGUGGUUCGCGAUGUUGGAAACUGCGGUGAAUGCCUGACGGUCAAUCUUGUCCAGUUCUUGUUGCAGCUGCGCGUUUGCUCUGUGGAGGCCAACCAUCGUCUGCGUACUGGCUUCAGCUCUCACUACCCCUCCUCCUUUACCCCGGCUCACCGAGGGACUAAUGGAAGCCAUCAGUAGUCGACCGUAUAUACACUGUGAGGGGCGUUUGGACCUAUUACGAUUGAAUGAGAUGGUACAACAUCAUUUUUCCUAUUCCAGCUCGCGAGAAGUGAGGAUGAACGAGGAGAAACGAGAUAUAGGCUUCUCCGACCUUCAC